CGCUCUUGAGUCAGAAGAGUUUGAACAGUCGCAGAGAAAGGGUUUAUAGAAAGUAAUGGGUGAAGAAUCUUUCCUUCUUCGGUUAUCCCCUCAAGAUUACCAGUCCAUUCAGUUCCUCAUGGAGAAAAGACAACACUUACUAAAACAUGCACUAAGACUUCGUUUGAUAGUGAAACGAAUGGAAAAGCUACGGAAGGUAACCACAGCAGCAAAUGUGACAGGAAAUUGCCUCGGUGUAACAGGUGCUCUUACUGCCAUUUUGGGUUUGUCACUUAGCCCUGUCACAAUGGGUACUUCCCUUCUGGCUUCCACUGUGGGGCUAAUCGUGGCUGCAUCUGGUGGAGUUGCUACCUUGACAUCUGAUCUUUCUUUGGCAUUUUCUAACUUCAAGGAGCUUCGGAGGGUACAGAAGAUAGCAAGUGAUUUCCGUCACCAGUUGAAGGAGAUACUCAGUUUCCUGCAGCUCAUGCAACAAAAGAAAAGUCUUAGUGGGCAGGACUUUUGUGAAAUAUUAGGUUGUUCUAUCUCUAUGGACCGUCCUGUCUGCUUUAUGGUGUUGUUUGGGGCUCAUGAUUUCCUUGUUCCUCAGUAUUCUGAAGAGGCAACAAAGGUCAGCCAAGUUGUAUUAAAGGCAAAAGUCCAGAGAUUGGUUGAGACUAUUGAAGGCUGUGUGGAUGUGCUGGAUGAGAUUUGUCAGCACCUAAGAAAAACAGCAAUGGAAAAAGAGGAUGUUUAUUGACUGUUAAGAGAACUCCUUACAUGUAACUCCUUCAGGGAAGAACUAAGCCAUUAUCCAAUGGCAGGUGUUACUUUUUUGUGACAAUCUAUUCUGUGUUUUUGGAGCUUUGGUCUUCUCCAAGAAAGACUGCAUUUCCUCUAAAAUCUUAAAGUAAAAUAGCAGCUGCAGCAGGACUGUCAACACAAGGGCCCUCCAUCAGAGCUCUCAGAGUCCCCCAGGUGUCUCUAGGUCGGUGCUAAGAGUUGCACCUUAAUAACAGCCAGAGUAGCUAUUAAUCAUAUGGUGAUUAUGUAACUCAUACAUACAAUAAAACUAGCUAAAUAAGGCACAGUUCAGUUCAUCAGUUUGACAAAAGACAAGUAUUUAUUAUGCAGCUUAACUAUUGGAAGCUAUAUAUAGUUCACACAAAAGGCUUGACUCUAUCAAUGUAAUGUUUGAACUACACCUAACUUGAUUGCAUUAUAAUUCUUAUAUAGGUAGAAGGUAACCCGUUAUUGCCUUACUAGAAGCUGCCUCUGCAAUAUUUCUUGAUGCCCCAGGAGGAAAUAAAGCAAUUGCACUCUAGUAAAUACAUUUCUGUUCAGUUUGAAAAGAAAAUGUUCCUUUAUGGUUUAUCUCAAGCAAGUGCCAUGGUGUUCUAUAGGGAAAUCUGCAAUUCCAUCUAGAAAUAUUUUUUUCAACUAAUUGAAAUACAAUGCAUACAAAAAUAUUAAAUUUUAUUUCGUAAUGCAUUACUGGAAAUUACCAAGUUAUAAAGGCCUUUACAUAAAUGGGUGGUUCACAUUCAGGUUUUAAAAUGUUAUAGAAUGGCCUUAGCAACUUUAAAAUGGUCUUAAUUUUUAUUCAUUAUAGUUUUUUUAAUUAUUUGCCUUUCUCAUUUGACUCUUUCCAACUAUCAAAUGGGGACUGACCCUGGCAGUAAAAAAAACAUUGCUUUGUGAGGCUACAAUUUUAUUGUUAUUGUUACUUUUAAUUACUUUUCUUUCUAUUUAAGUCCUCCUCUAUUCAUAUUCUUGUCUCAAACCACUGUGUGUUUGCUAGGCUAGACCGGACCCUAGCAACCAGAAAGUUCCUGAAAUUCCAGAGCUAAAUAAAUACUGCAAAUAAUAAAAAAGAAGACAAAUUUCAAACAGUUUAAAAAUAGCAUCCCCAAUAUCAUACUAAAUGUUAAUUUAAAGGUGAACAACCACUUUAAGCUGUUUUUAAAAAAAUGAGGUAGCUGUGAUACAGAAGAAAUGAUUACAUAUAUUUAUUACUGGAAUUACAGCAAUACUAUAUACUCUUUAGGAAAGGAAAAUCACAUCUUAAAUAGCUUCCAAAAGUCCUGUACAACAUUUUAUUUUGCAUGUCCAGUAAUCCAGCUUCUUUUAUAGAACUGUAGAUAUGGCAAAACAAGCUAAUUCUUCACACAAUAAGUACUAUUAGGUAGUUUCCCACCUGUUGCCAUUACUUCUUCCAAAUGGUUGUCUGUUCUUAAAUUAAGGUUAAACUGACAUCAAAUCUUUAAUCUGAAAAUGUUACAUGGAAUACCUGAGGGAAACACAUCUAGGUAUGUAAAAUGUGUUAUACCCAUUUUAUGGCAUUUUUCUUUUGGGAGCUAAUGGCCAUAGAGGUGGACAUUGUAGAAGUAAAUUAUAGGCUUCUCCAACCUAUAAUUCAUCCCCUACUAGCUGACAACCUAACACAGUGUAUAUGGGAUUUCAACAGCAAAAGGACAGAUAUUUAACAAAACAAAAAUACCCCAUGCUGUCACCUUUGAACUGUAAUAAUGCAUAGAAAUUGUAUUUUGUUUAUUCCAUGCAGCAGCAAAUUAAUAUGUAUAGCAUAAGAGAAAUUGCCUGUAAGCACACAGGUUGGUGGAUCCACUAGAGACACCAUUAAUGGGUCAAAAUGUUGGUGUUAGGCACCUUUAGCUAUAAUUUAUUAAACCUCUAUGAGCACUUUGUUAAAUUAAAAAGUUAUUUAAGUAUUGUUUGAUACAAUUAUUUAAGUAAAUAAAGACAGUGUAUAUUAA